AUGAAGCUAUCCGCCGCCAUCACUGCCAUUGCGGCCUUCUUCUCAGCUACCGAGGCAUGCAAGUGUGGCAGCAACGUCGACGCCACUCGCGCCUGCUGCCGCAGCGUUGGUGGCAACCCUACGAACGAUGAUUGCCCGGCCAGUGGCAUCAGCGAGCGACUCAGCAACUUUGCAUCCUGCUGCAAUAGCCUCGGCGCGCGUUCUGACUGCCGAUGCCCUGUGGGCUGCGCUCGUGUUGAGACUGACGCCCAGCGUCUCGCGGCCGGCCAGGACCCCCUGACUGAUGAGGAGCUGGCUGCAUACGUCAACUCGUAUCAGGACUAG